AUGGCUAAUUCCACUACCAAUACUCAAACUGCCCCAUCACCUCCUGAAUCCCUGAGGGAAUACGAUGUUUUCCUCAGUUUCAGAGGGGGUGACACCCGCAAUAAUUUUACCGACCAUCUCUAUACCGCUUUGAGAGAUAAAGAGAUUGUAACCUUUAGGGACACGGAACGACUUGAUGCAGGAAAACCCAUUUUGGAACUCUUAAAUGCAAUCGAGAAAUCGAGAAUGGCAGUUGUUAUUUUGUCAGAAAAUUAUGCAUCUUCCACUUGGUGCUUAGAAGAACUUGCAAAGAUCGUUGAAUGCAUGGACGCAGGAAGGAUGAGAGUUUUUCCCAUUUUCUACCACGUGGAUCCUAUUCAUGACGUGCGGCUUCUGAAGGGGACUUUUGAAGCUGCCUUUGCUAAACAUGACAAACGUUCCAAGGAGAAGAAAGAGAAGGAAGAUGCCUUUGCUAAUCAUGACGAACGUUCCAAGGAGAAGAUAGAGAAGGUGCAAAGGUGGAGAAGUGCUUUGAGAAGAGUGGCCGACCUCAGCGGAGACCAUUUAAAUGAUGAGCCUGAGUCAGAGUUCAUCCGCAACUUUGUUGAAAAGGUAUCUAGUGAGUUGAAUGGUACAACCGAAAGUGUUUAUAAGGAAAAAUACGUUGGAAUAAAGUCUCGUGUUGAGGAAAUUGUAAAUGGGUAUAUUGAAAUGGAGCCGAAGGAUGAUGUUCGAUUUAUAGGGAUAUGUGGGAUGAGUGGAAUAGGCAAGACAACUCUUGCAGAAGCUGUUUUUGGAAUGAUCCAUCAUCAAUUUGAAGCUAGCAGUUUUCUCAGAGAUGUCAAAGGGCGUGAUUUAAAUGAUUCACAAGAUCAACUCCUUCGGGAUAUGAAGUUGAAAAGUGAAAUACCAAGAUGGGAUGAGCUUAAGGCAAUCAACAUAACAAGUCGUAGGCUGAGUAAGAAAAGGGUAAUUAUUGUUGUUGACGAUGUAGAUGAAAAAAGGCUGGAAACAUUAGCAGGGCACCGUGAUUGGUUUGGCCCAGGGAGUAGAAUCAUCUUAACUACUGAAGAUAAGGGCCUGUUGGAGAAGAGAUGUGGAGAGAAAAAUGUAUAUAAGGCUAAAAAACUGAGUGCAUAUGAUGCUUUGCAGCUCUUUAUUCGACAAGCCUUCGACGAACCCCCUUGUGGAGAAGAUUUAUUGGAUAUAUGCAAUGGUUUUGUAAGAUAUGUUGACGGCCACCCUCUAGCUCUUAAAAUUUUGGGUUCCUCCAUGUAUGGUAUAACAAAUAUAGAUCAAUGGGAAGCUGAACUGGAAAGAGUAAGAAAAAGUCCAGAACUUCCCAAAGAAGAGAGAAAUAUUCAAAAAGUACUUAGAAUGAGUUACAAUAGAUUGAGUACUUCAAAGAAAAAACUAUUUUUAGACGUUGCGUGUUUCUUGAAUGGGGAAGACAAAGAUCGAAUAUCAGAUAUACUAGAAGAUCCUGGUAAGUGCAUCCCAGAGAUUGACAUAAAGGCUCUUAUUGAUAAAUCUCUCAUUACUGCUUUUGGAGGAAAAUUGUGGAUACAUAAUUUACUACAACAAAUGGGUUGGGAAAUUGUCAUUGAGGAAUGCGAAAGACCCGAAAAGCGCAGUAGAUUGUGGCUUGAAGAGGAUGUCCUUGAAGUAUUAAACAAUGGUAAAGGAACAGAUUCAGUUGAAGGCAUACUGCUAAAUGCACCAGCACAUAAGCAAGUACGCUUGAAUGCGGACGCCUUCUCAAAGAUGAAGAACCUAAGAUUACUUAGAAUUUGUACUGCGCACCUUCCUCAAGGCCUCAAUUAUCUUUCUAAUGAGUUACAUUUGCUGGAAUGGCAUGAGUAUCCUUUGAAGUCAAUGCCAAGGAGUUUUCAACCAAACAAACUUGUUGAACUCAUUAUGCCUGGCAGCCUCAUUGAGCAACUGCCCGAGGAAUUUAGUAACUUAGGCAAGCUAAAAGUCAUCAACCUUCGUGACUCGCAAAACUUAAUCAAGACUCCUAACUUCACUAGACUUUCAGAUCUUGAGAGGGCGAUUUUUCAAGGUUGCACAAGAUUGGAAGAGGUUCACCCGUCUAUUGGAGUUCAUAAACGGAUUACUCGAUUAAAUCUGAAAGAUUGCAAAUGUCUUGAUAGACUUCCACCCGAAAUCAACUUGGAAUCUCUUAAUACUUUAGUCUUAUCUGGUUGUUCACGCCUCAAAAAGUUUCCAAAGAUUGGACAAAAUAUGACAAGUUUGUGGGAGCUUUAUUUGGACAGGACUGCCAUAGGGGAACUGCCAUUGUCAAUUGUGCAUCUAACUGGCCUGUCUUUAUUGAAUCUUCAAGACUGCAACAACUUUUCGAGUUUUCCGAGUGUCAUUUGUAGUUUGACAUCUCUUCAAACUCUCAUUCUAUCCGCAUUCAAGGUUCAACCAGAGCCCAACUCGUUGUUGAUCAAGUCUCUGUCAGGUUUAGGCUCAUUAGUAUCUCUGGAUCUAAGUGACUGCAAUAUGGGGGACGGAGCUCUCCCUGAUGAUAUUAGUUGCUUAUCUUCACUGCAGUCUCUAAAUUUGAGCAAAAACCAUUUUACAUGCUUGCCUGAAAGCAUUUCUCAGCUUCCUAAGCUUAAAGUUCUUUACUUGGACAAUUGUAGCAGGCUUGAAUCGUUAGCAAAUAUUCCAUUAAGUACACAAUCUGUAAUGGCACGACAUUGCACUUCACUGAUAAAUUAUUCAAAUCAAAUCAUAGUGUGGACUUCAGGUGAACCAGGAUUGACGUUUAUUAACUGCCUCAACUCGGCUGAUGAUAUUGAUGAAGAAAGCAAAGGUCGUGAGCUUUCUCUGCGAGAUAUACACUUCAAGCCAUUGUUGCAGAGAUACAUGGAGGGUCAAAUUCGUCAAGUGGAUGGAAUGUAUAGCGUUUCACCUCAAACUGAAAUUCCAAAAUGGUUCACCCACCAGAAUAAGUCAGGGUCAUCUGUACCAAUCCGGCUACCUGAUCGUCAAGAUGAAAAUUAUAGCAGUUGGAGAGGAAUAGCGUUGUUUAUUGUUUUUAAAGUGAAGAAUAUUGUUCCUCGUGGUCACGACUCAAAAAGUUUUCAUGAGUUCAUAUAUCACUUGGACAACGAUGGAGGUCUUCAAGAUUAUCCCCUGAUCAUUAUUAAUGUCCCUAAAGACAAACUAUAUGCCCUUUCAUAUGGACUUCGGCUAUAUGUAUCAAAUGCAAGGUUUAGGGACCAUUUAGAUGAACACGGCUGCAUUAGCCCUUCAAUUACAAUCAGCAGCUCAGAUGUGGAGAUUCAAAAGUGUGGUGCGCGUUUAGUAUACGAGGAAGAUAUGGUAGAGUUUGUACAAAAUUUAACCGAAGAAACUUCGGGGAGCCCUGAACACCUCCGCCCACGUCAGGAAUCCAUAGAAUAUCCAAUGAACCCUUCCCCAAGCAAUGUCGAUGAACCGGAACCCAGUCUGUCCAGCGGCCAAACUGACUUAAACUCCGGGAAAAAAAGACAACCCAGUGGCCAAAGUUACUCGAGCCCCAGGCUUAACAGACAACUCAAGUCAUUGCUUUCACUAUUGUAUCAGGGAGACCCUGCACGAUACCACUCCUAUGAAUAUAUUUUUCCUCAGGUUAAGAUGGCGGCUCCCCCCCGCUGGUUCAAUUAUCAAAAUGUAUCUAGUGCCAUCAAAAUGGAGCUGCCUUCAAAUUUGAAUGAUAAUACGAGAUGGCUGGGAUUCACUGUAUUUGCUUUGUGUACACUCCCCAAGCAACCAGCUUGUUCCGGUGACAAUCAAGAUGAUUCAAUGAUUUUUGUAACGUUUUCUGAUGUUUUAGGUGGUGAUCUUGUCGGAAUUGGCAUGGGCUUUGAGCUCUCUAGAGACCUUUUUGUUGGGUCACAUCGACUUUUUAUGUGUUUUAUGCCACGGGUGACGUUUAAGUUGAAUGGGUAUAGUAAAAUUUGGGCUUCAUUUCAGAGCAAUAACCCAAGUGUGGACAUUACAAUGUGUGGAAUUCGUGCUGUGUACGAGGAAGACGUUGAUGAGUUUGUGCAAACAUUAGUGGAGUGCCUCGUAAGGUGUCCGGAUGCCUACCACGAUUCUAUUUACGGAAAUCUUUUAGAUCAAGUGGCAAUGUUGCAAGGGUGUAAGCAUGGAGAAGAUUUUCUUUGCAAUUUCGCAUCACAAAGGUUUAAAUAA